CGGCCCCAGAGUAGGCGCCACCGCCGGGGCGGAGCAGCCAAGCGCACCGGAGCCUCGGAGCUGAGCCCGAGCCCGAGCCCGAGCUGGAGUCCGAGCCGGAGCCCCAGCGAGCACCGGGGCACCGCACAGCACCACUCCCCUCGAGGCGCCCGGCCAGGGAAAGAAGGAAAGAAGGGGCGAUGGGCGGCGGCCAACGAUCCCGGCGGCCGUCGCUCGCCACGGCCAGCGGCCCAGCUCAGAGCUCGCCCUGAAGGAGGCAGCUCGGCUUUCCUUUGCUUCCCGGCGCCCCCCGCCCCCCCGGGGUAUGGGCUGUACUGCAAGGAAUAGGAGCGCGCCCAGGUCCACCCCCGGCCCGGCCCUAGGGAACUGAGCAUCCCGCGUGGCCAAGAUGCGCCCUGGGCGCUCUUAGGCGGAGGUGAGCGGCAGCCCCCCGCCCAGCUCUCUCUCGGCUCUCGGCUGACUCCAGGCUGCUUUUCCCUGCCCCUCUUCCCCCGGCCCGAGCCCAUGGGGGCCGGGCCCUUCCCCGCCCAGUCCCAUUGCGCCCCGCCCAGCCCAGUCGAGAAGGCAGAGGAGGAAAGACGCCUGGCCCCCUCUCCGCCCCCCGAGGUGUCGCCCAGGAGCUCAGGGCGCAUGGAGAGGACCGCGGCCGGCUGCGUGUGCCCGGAUGAGCAGAGCAUCCUUCCCUGUAAGAAGGAGGAGCUGCAGUGUGACACUGGGCUGUGCUUGCUGAACUGGCCCUGUCACUACAAGAAGGACUGUAGCCGGGACUACAUGUCCAUCAAAAUCACCUGCUCUAAAAUUCACUCCAACCAGAGCGGCCCCGUCAACGAGUACCCAGUCUUCACAGAGAGCACCGGCGAUCCCAGCCUGCUGGUGUCCCCUCUGCUGGUGGCUGGGGUGGUCAUCGGCCUGGUGCUAUUUCUGUCCUGUGUGACCAUCAUUGUGGGCAGCCUGAGGAAGGAUGGGCGACUCCGGAACCACCCACACAUGAGGAGGGACCCCACCUAUGCUCCAGAUGGCUUCUCCUAUGGUGGUUCUGUUGGGGAACUGAGAUCUACCUGCAUCGAGGAGUUCCCUCCUGCCUUCGACUUUGGUGCCUACAUGGAGACGUUGUCCCAAGUCAACGUGCUGUACCCAGACUCGCCACCAGGCUAUGAAGAGUGCGUGGGACCUGGGUCAGCUCAGAUCUACAUCCCCACUGAAGAUCCUCCACCAUACUCACUGAAUGACCCUUGCCAGGGCCGGGACAUCUCCAUCCAGAUCAGUGCCGCACAGGAGAGGGAUGAGGAGGAAGAUGGGGCUUCUUUGCCUGUGGCUGAGGGGGGUCCCGGCUCUUCCAUCAGAUCUCCCCAAGGACAGGCAGCCAUCUCUACUAUUGCCCUAGAAACUGCGCCACCCUAUGAAACUGUAGUGCGUGAUCCUAAUGUGCUACUACCCCUUCAGAGUCUGAAAAGCUCCCCAGCUGAGUUCCAGACCCUUCUUGACAGGACUGUGUAACCAGGGGAGGCCUUCGCCAGUCCCACUCCAUAGCGGGGCCUGACUAACUGCAAACACACGUACACACAUGCAGAGAACAACAGCAACACAAAACCCACGAGGUUGGGGGCAGGUGACAUUCAGUAAUAGAAUGAGCCACUCACCAUCAGCCCAACAAAACUCCCUUCUGUUUGCUGUCCCUUUCAGCACCUGGGACAUGCAGGGGCAUUAGCAUUUCCUUCCAGCCCCUUCCUCUCCCCACUCUUUCCCAGCAGGUUCUCAAAGUUGGUGUAACCCAGGUGGUCACAGUCAGAUUUCUGCAUUGGGAAUUCUUCCCUAACCUGUUACAACCUCAGCCAGGCAGCCCCUAGGCCACCUCUGCAGUAUCCCAUGCCCCUUUCACUCUCUGCCUCCAUCUCUGUCCUCUCCCCAGAGAGACACAAGCAGGUCAAUCUGAGCAUGCUAGCAUGGGCCAGGAGUCAGGGGAAAUGGAUGGGUGUUGUCAACAGUGGCUCUUACUCUCGGUGGAAAAAGAAUUCUCCCCUCCAAAUGAGAUUUUAAAAGUAGUUUGAAGAGUCAACCGAGUGGCACCCAUCACCCACAAGACUCAACCCCCGGUAGGAGCCCAAUGGCAGCUGCCUUUAGUCCCUCCAAGCCAAUGGCUAGAACCCGGAUUGGAACUUGGACUUAUCCUUCUCAGACCACUGACACAGCCAUAAGGGUGGGUGGGCCAGACCAGAAGAGCCCCAGGAAGCCAUGCUGUCAAGUCAUUCAAAGACGGCCCACCUUGUGAGCAUGUCUGUGGAGGGAAAUGGAGGCCAAGAAGAACUUAUGGCGUCCCAAAAAUGGAGUUGGCAGGACCUGAGCUUGUUUGAAGGGAGGCAGCCCUCAUGGCCUCAUUUUCUGGCAUUAAUAGCCUCUGUCAGAUGGCCACUUCUCCAUAGUCUUGGACUAGACAGUCCAAUGGACAAUGCCCUGAGAGGAGAGAGAGAGAGAGAGAGAGAGAGAGAGAGAGAUGCCUUCCUGGGGCUGUAUCUUGGACCCAAUUACUUCUCAAUAUUUAAUGAGUGGGUUCCCCAUUAGUUUAAUUAAACAAACAUCUAUUAAGUACUUAUUGUAUGCAGACCCUCUAUGCUGAGGACCGACCUGGGAAUAAUAAAGUUCAGAUAAAACAAGGCCAUGCCUUUGGGGAGCUAUAGUUUAGAGAAAUUCACCAAACUAAAGCUUCAUCUAGGGAGAAAACCACCUCUUGGCUAAGAAAUAGAUCGGGCUGAAUACACAAGCCCAACUUCAGUGUGUCUGUGGCUGCAGGCUUUCCCAGAAAAAUAAUUAAUGUGCUUAACCUCCCCACCCCAAGCACAUUUACUAUCCCCGUGGACUAGAGGCCAGUCAACUCUGGCUUUAAAUCUCCUAGGAAGGAUGGGAGGAAGGCACAGGUGCAGAAAAGAGGGAUGGAAACUCAGUGUGGGAUCAGCCCCAGGAUUCUACAGCCAUCCCCACGCCACCGUCCAAUCCCAUCAGAGAAGAGUUCUCCCCUCCAAUUAGCACGACAGACAAGCUGAGGAAGGGGAUCUGCCCCAGGAGAGAAAGGAGGCACGGAUCGAGUUCCGGCAGAGCCACAAACUUUCCUGACCGUGGACGCCGGAACAAAAUGGAGAUAGGUUGGAAACCUCCUACACUUCCCCCCACUGGGGGAAGCUCUGGGCAUCGGACAACCACCCACGUUGACUGCCUCUGCUGCCGGGAGCCGCUGUUCGAGAGUUGGUCCAGAAAAAGACAACAUGAAAUAGCCCAGAAGUUCCGUUUUUACCCACCCAAUCAUCAACCCCAUCUCCCAACCCUCCUGCUUCACCCUAAAGCCGGGGUUUAUACUCUAAAGGCAGAGUGGCGUUUUCCAAAGAGCGUGGAAGCUGGUGUCAGUUAGACCUGAAUCUAAAUCCCUGUUCUACCUGUGUGACCUUGGGCAAGUCACAACCUUUCUGGAAACUUUCCGUUUCCUCCUCUGUACAUUGGGGAGUUUGGGCUAGAUAAUCUCCAUCAUCCCUGCCAACGCUCAGUAUUCUAAUCCUAGGUCCCUAUGGGCCAUUUUUUAAAUACCAGGAUUUUCAUCCUGCUGCUUCUAUCCCCCUUACCUACUCCCCCCUCCCCAUUAAAUUUCCCAACUCCAGUGAAGGGCUAUGACUUUUCUUCAAUCACUUUUUAAGGAGCUGGGGGCCAGGCGGGGGGAGAACAAAAAUGAAGAUUUUAUAUUUUACUCUACUUAAAAUUAGAAUUUCUCUCAGUGCUAUUCACUGCUUUUUUCAAAGGCUCUCCUUAGCUCGAUUUCCGCCUUGCUGUUCUAACUCAUUCUGUGGAUACUAGGGAUUGUUUACAAACACCUAUCUGUUCACCUUGGUGGUGUUACUGUUUUAUAGGGGGAAAUAUAUCUAUCUUCUCUCUCUCUCUCUCUCU